ACGUCAGUUUAGUUGGUGCUGGCUGGGAGUCUACCGAGUCCACACGAGUUGUCGCUCUCGCAAGGAUGACCCACGCUCUAGGGAACGCGACAGCAGCAGGGUUGAAGGAUUGUGCUUUAAGUUGAUAGUGGGGUGAUUACGCGUCCAGUUACCAUCAAGUGUAGUUGUCCUUAGAAAUGUAAAUAGUCGCGCUGAAGGUUUCACUUCAUUCAAUAUCUGACUGUUACCAAGCGGUCAAAACCGAGACUUUAUGGGGCCAACGAGACUCGUCGCCGUAGUAGUUCUCAUUGUGUUGUUAUGUCAGGGAUUCGUUUGUGUCCGCCCGUUAUUGGCACGCGGCGACGGCGAGGGUGAAAUCGGAACCGGAGUCGGCCUUAGCGCCACUUCCGUUCCAGGCGGCUCGCGGAACAAGUACGCUUACGUCACGCUACUGUGCGAUGACGUCAUGGCAGAGGCGGCGAUGGUGAUGGUACACUCCGUACGCCGUACAGGCACGCCUCACGACAUCGUAAUACUCACGAUGAACGUCUCGAAUCGCACGCUCGAGGCGCUGGUAGCCCUGGGAGCGAAGAUCGAGCCGAUCCUGGAACCGGUGCCCUAUCCGUUCGCCGUUACUGCAGACAGACUCGCGAUCAACAAGCCGUGCAGGUACUCCAAGCUGCUCAUGUGGAACAUGGUGAAGUACCGCAAGCUCAUCUACCUGGACUCGGACCUGCUCGUCCUGCAGUCCAUCGACGACCUCUUCCAGCGCCCACAGCUCUCCGCAGCCCCCGACACGUUGCCCCCGGACAAGUUCAACUCGGGCCUCAUGGUGGUCGAGCCCAACCGCGCCAUGUUCAAAGACAUGCUCUCCAAGAUCGCCACCCUCAUCUCCCCCAACGUGGGGGAUCAGGGGUUUCUGAACAGUUACUUUUCGUCGUGGUACCAGCAGGGCCCGCUGCACCAUAUUGAUUAUACGUACAACGCGCUGGUGCGCAUCUCGGUGUCGCCCGGGUGGCGGCUGUUCAUUGAGCCCAAGCUCAAGGUCCUGCAUUUCUCGGGAAACACCAAGCCGUGGAACAUGAUGGUCGACCGACAGUUCCCCACCACGCGAGCCUUUGACCACCGGUGGUGGGAGGUGUACGACGACGUGUACUCCAUCCUGCACCGCCAGGCGCUCAAAGCCUCCUCCAAGUCCUCCUCUGCCUCCUCCUCCUUCAACUCUCGCUCUACCCUCGACACCACUGCUGCAGCUGCUGCUGCCGCGGCAGCUGCUGCUGAGAGUGCUGGUGGUGGGGGAGGAGGAGGGGGGGGUGGGAGCUUGGAGGGGGUGGCGACGGCUGCCAGGCUGGCAGCAGCAGCGGCAGCAGCGGCCGGGUCGCCGUCAGAGCCGCCUCAGCUGGCGCCGCAGUGCCAGAGAAACUACAUGGCGUAUGCCCGCAAGCCCCCAAUCACCGACAAGUUCAGCGUGAUCAUCAACUGCUUCGACCGCUUCGACCUGAUGCUGUACUUUGUGCGGCGCUACGCGCGGUUCGAGUUCGUGCACAAGGUGUACAUCGUGUGGGGCAACACGCGCGUCACGCCCUUCCACCCCUCCUUCUUCAACGUCUCCAAGCCCGUCGAGAUCCUCUACUCGGGGAUCGACUCACUCAACGACCGGUUUAAGCCCAUUCGCUCCCUCGAGACAGAGGCAGUGCUGAUGUGCGAUGACGACAUAGAAGUCCACUCAGGCGCCCUGCGGGUGGCCUUCGAGCGGUGGCAGGAGGAGAAGUACCGCCUCGUGGGCUUCUUCCCUCGCGCGCACUACCGCGAGGUGAACGGGCCGCGCAAGGGCCACAUGACCUACGUUCUCACGCCGCGCCAAGAGUACUCCAUAGUGCUGACCAAGAUGUUCCUCAUGCACGGGGACUACCUGCGCGCGUACACAUGCAUCAUGCCGCAGCGCGUGCGCGAGUACGUGGAGCGCAACAAGAACUGUGAAGACAUCACGAUGAACUUUGUUGUCACGCAGCUGUCGGGCCUGCCGCCGCUGCUCAUGGAGGACCCCACUAAGCUGGACUACGGGACGUCCUCGGGGUUGUCGUCCAGAGGCAGUCAUGAUAACUCCAGGUCCGUGUGCAUGAAUGACAUCGCUAUCAUGCUGGGCUACAUGUCGCUGCGCAACACUUCAGAGGCUGUCACAUACUUCGAGCGAGACAAGAUGGUCAAGGUGGUGCGGAGGCGCAGGCUGAGCACGGCAGCGCACAUGGUGUUUGAGCCGGUGUUUGACGCCUUUGAGCACCGCGGCAGCAAGCAGUUUCUGAAGCAGCUGACCUUCCAGCACCCCCUCAUCACCACCGAGAUCGCUGAAGUGCCCACGCACUCCGUCAACCGACACGUGAUGUGCAUCAAGGGCGACAACGACGAGGACAUGGACGACCCAUCCAGGAAUCAGUACACGCUCCUGGACUUCGCCUCGGUCCCCCCCGAUGCGGGGCACCUGUCGGGCAGCACGUUCAUCGCGCACAGCCAGUGGGGCUUUGAGGGGCGCUUCACUCUGCUGCACCUCACCUCCUCCCUCGCCACCUGGCGCCGCUCCCACGGCUGCUUCGGCCCGGCCAGGCUCAUGCUGUUCCAAGACGGCAUGCUGAGGACUCAGGUGUCAGCAUGGGCCAGCAAUCUCCUCAAGGCAGUGCUGGGACCGGGAGCAGCGCCGCCGUUCAAGCCGCCGGACGGGGUGACGCCGCAGUGCCUGGAGAGUGCAGUGGUGCUGCGGCAGCGCGACACGUUCAACGCUGACGAGUGCAGCAGCGACGCGCAGGAGCUCAGGCGGAUAGUGCGAGCCUUCUGCCACAUUGCCCUCCCCGGACCCCCCUGGCGCUGCUGGCACGCGGGUGCCAGCAGUACCAUCCGCGGAGGACCCCCGGCACUGCUGGGCGAGGAGGGCAUGGACGUGCGCAUCGCCUUUGCAGGCGACGCAGACAACUGGGCGCGCAUGCCCUGGCUCAACUUCUCCCUUGCCGCCACCUGGAUCCGCCAGGAGUGCGCCGUGUUUAGCCUGAGCUGCGAGGUGGCCACUGUGCCGCGUGGAGAGUUCUGCCGGGUCAAGGUUUUGGGCCUAGGCAGAGCAGACAUUGUGAUUGGUCCGUGGGGAGAUCGGGCAAUGGACAACAUAAUUUUCCUGCUGCCCGGAACAGCAGUGCUCGAGCUGUACCCGUCGAACGCGCAUGAGGAGGACCGGAAGACUGCCAAGCUCGAGGCUGAGUGCCUUGAUCUGGCCUAUGAGCAGAUGCGCAUGGACGUGGCGAUGAAGGACGUGCUGUCAUGGGUGAGCAAGCACCUGGAGACGCUGGGCAGACGGCAGAAGGGAGGGAAAGAGGACAGCGAGCCCACCUUCCUGGAGUCAUGUGUGCACCGCAACCUGCGAUACUAAAUACCUAGUGCCGUUCAAAAUUCUAAAGCAGUGCACUUUUGAGGUCCUGGGCAGUCGGCAGGUGGGAGGAAACAAGACAGCGAGUGCACUUUUGCAUAGACAUAUGUCCACCUCACCGCAGGUUGUGGUACUGCAUACGUGAUAUCAAAACAUCCAAGCUGCUGUGGACUGGUUGGAAUAGAGUGGGAAGGAGGGACAGUGAGGGCACAGCAAUAUUUCCCACCCGAGUGGAGUGAAGAAAAUGAGACUGGCGGGCGAGCAGUUAGACACACAGGCAGCAGGCUAGCAAGGCAGGUAGCUAGACAUAUGUUCAGUGAAGUUCGCAAUUUCUUGCAUGCGAGGAUUUCUCUGGGG